AUGGCAAACUGCUGUACAUGUCUUAGCAAAUCUGCUAACAUCAUAUUCUGCCUCCUUCUAUUCAUCAUUGGAGGUUUUGUCGCUGGUGUCGGUAUAUGGUAUCUCGUCAGCGACUACAAGGAUUGGGUUCCCGAGUGGUGGAUUUGGAUUGCCGUUGUUACUGGCAUUCUUCUGGCUAUAUUAUCGUUUGUUGGUUGCUAUGGCUCGUUGAAACGAAAUAAAUGCGUGUUGUCUUUCCUGUGGGUGGCGUCUACUGUGUUGUUCAUUCUCUUCGCAAUAGCUGCUAUUGCAUCUACUAUCUUCUUUGCUGGUGUCGAUAACCUCAACGGUAAGACGGCUCAGCAGUUACUUGAAGUUAGUGGUAACGAUGGGAAUGUGUACAAGCAGAUUAGGGAUGGUUACAUUGCUGUGUUCACUGAUGAUGAUUGCAAUGUGAAGUGUAGCGUCGACGAUGGUAAACUAUACUGUGGAUCCAUCACAUGUGAAAGUGAGGCGAUAGAAGAUCAGCUUAACCGCUGGAUUGGUCCCAGUUGGUGGACAACUGAUGUGAACUCCUUCGAAAAGUGUGUUGCUGCUGCUACUGUUGAAGACAACCCUAAUGAGAUGGCGGCUGAAGCGUGGCGCAAUGGGGUUCUUUUCUACAAUGCUUUUGUAUUCGCUGCUGGUGGGGUGGUAGCCGGCAUUGCCAUAUGGUACCUUCAAGCAAAGUUCAGGAGGCUCAUGCAGGUUUGGAACGACGAAGGCUGUGACCUUACCUGUGAUAUCGGCAAUACUACAGUGUCGUGUUCUACUGUGCAGUGCAGUACUUCGAAGAUUGCUCAGCAGAUGAACCAAUGGAUAGCAGAAGGCAACUACCAGACUCGCGGCGUCCCUGAGGCUGUUACAUUUCAGAAGUGCUUGGACGAGACUAUACUAACUGAUGGUAUAAAUAGGAACAAGUCAGCCGCACAGGGUUGGUGCUCUGGCAACGCCUCUGUUGUUGACGAUGUUAGUCACUAUGCAUUGGGUGCUAUGAUAGGCUUGUGGGUGGCCUUAUUGAUUUCUAUGGUCCCUAUGGUGUAUGAUCUAUAUCUACUGUGGGUAUUAAGGAAACGACGAGCUCAUGCUUACACUGCUCAUGAAGAUUUAGAUGAAAAUGGAGGAAUUGGAGAAGAGGAAGACGGACCAAAGAAGACGCCACCUCAGACUGUCACAGUCGUUCAAAUUUGA